CGAGAUCCCAUCACAGACUGCUAUCGUGCUUAGCGGAUGUUCGAAGUAAAGAGGCCGUGCGUGUGUUGUUGCUCGUACAUGUGUGCUGUGGUUGUUGGCGCUAUGGCCACGAAGACUGUCGCUCUUGAUCCAAGCUUAUGUCAUUCCGCAAUUUUCCCUCCAGUACCCGAGCCCAGAACAAGCGUCACCCGCGAGAAUGCGUUUCUCCAACAUCUUUCUGAUGGUAUCUGCCUGUCCUCCUCACUCCCGACCUCUGUGGAGCCACGAACGCCCAAGGCGACAUUGUCUCAAAGCUGGGACCAGAAGUGGUUCGCUCGGCGGAUGCGUUUGCCAGUGUCAAGAGAUCCCUACGCAGCCACAACGUCGACGGAGACGAUGAGGAAGAAAGAGCUGGAGGUGUUAACGCGUUUAAAGAAGGAAAACUCAAUAAGAUGCUGAGCGAUAUCAACUUCGCAUACAAGAAGUUCGCCAAAUGGUCCAAACGCGGAUGGACUUCAAACGAUGUGUAUGGUCAUGUGCCACACAAGCUCUAUUCCCAGUACUACGACUACCGCAAGAUCGCUGGCCACGCUUCUUAGGCUAAUCGCGAAAGUGUGACAGAGCCAUGGUUAACACAGAACGCUUCUUUCCUUCACGAGGAAAACCAUACAGCAAAUGCCAUUGCAAAUACAGCAGAUUCAUUUCAUGGUGAAAUCAUUUUUAGCUACUCUAACUCCUUCAAUGAAAUGCGUAAUGUUC